CACGCCACCUCACUUCAACUUCCCACACAGCCCAAAGCAGGCACAAAAGCCUGCGCAAUCGAGCCUCCGUCACCGUACACACUCGCGCGCAGCACCGAAGCCACUCAUCAAAACCCGGAGCCAUGGACCAAUCGGCGCGCCUCACGGCCCUGGCGGCCGAAUACGCGCCGAAGCGCGACCUAUACGAGCUCCUCGGCGUCGAGGCCUUCACGGCCGACACGGACCAGAUACGCAAGGCGUGGAGGCGCACCGGAUUAAAAUACCACCCAGAUAAGGCGGGCGACAAGUUCGACAAGGAGCUGUACGAGACGUACCAGCACGCGCGCGACAUCCUGACCGACGACGAGGCGCGCAAAAAGUACGAUGGCCUGCGCCGGGCCCUGCUCCAGAAGCAGCUGGAGCUCGAGGCCAUGUCGGCCGGCCGCCGCCGCAUGAUCGAAGACCUCGAGGCUGCCGAGGCCGCGGCCAAGCGGCAGCGGACGGGCCAGCCGCCGGACCACCCCGACGACGGCGACGGCCCGGCCCUGACGCCCAGGGAGCGGGCGGAGAGGGAGCGCCAGCAGCAGGAGAACAAGCAGAAGUUCCAAGAGUACAAGGAGAACCUCCGCGCAGAACAGAGGAGGCAGGAGGCAGAGACGGACGCUAAGCUCGAUGCCCGCGAGGCAGAGAUCAGGCAGAAGCUCAAGGAGAUCGCAGAGAGGAAGGCGGCCAAGGCAAGACGCAAGGGCAGGAAGGGCGACGGUGACUCAGGACUUGACCAGAAGGCGAACGACCGGGACAGUGUGGACACCGACACCCCCAUGCAUACCGCCUCGGAUCCGGCAUCACCUGCGAUCCCAGCCGAUCCCCCCGCAGACGCCGAGGGGGGGGCCCGAGAUCCGCUCAUAUCGGAAGACGAGGCCCGGAGCUUCAAGUUCACAAAGGUCCAGCUGAUGAUCCACCAGACGGCAAGAGACAUCGAAGCGGCGGUUGACGAGCUCAAGAGCGCCCGGGACUCACUGGGCACGGAGCUCGGCCUCGACAAGCUCGAAGGGCUGAUCACCACUGUCCGAGAGACCGACGUUUACUCAUUCGAAGCACUCGGGAAGCCUAUCCCGCCGCGUCUGUUAGAGUUCUGCGCUUUGUGGAGACCGGCUCGGACGACAGGCCGGGGCGACAUCACGCAGGUCAAGCAGAUGAUGCAGCAGACGGCAGAGGACAUCCAGGCGCAGGCCACCGAGUACGGGAGAGUUUACGCCUGGGCCCCGAGCGCGGCGCUCGGCCUCGCGAAGCUCCAAAAGGCCCUGGAUAGCAUACAGAAGGCCGACAUAUACUUGUACGAAGCCCUUGGGCAACAGCUACCCCCGCGAUUGUCCAGCUGUGACUCCAAGUGGGAGCGGCCUGGGCACCCCAGCUGGCGCGGAGGUUGGGAGGGCAAAAAGAAGAAAUCCCGAAAAGACUGAAAUGGGGGAAAUAGGAGGGGCGGCGGCUAUUGCGCUGCACAACAGAUCAGGCAAAAUACCAUAUAGUAGAUGGAGAAGAGUGCAGCAGAUUUGGCUAGUACGGCCUUGUUUUACAAGAUACCCAAUAUGAAAUAACGAUACCAUGGGCGCCUAUUCAUGGCUCUUUGUGCAGGAUGGAUAUUUUUCUACUUUAAAUUGGAGAUCACCCGGG